AUGGCAUCUUUGGAAAGCUUUGUGACACGACUCCAAGACGAGUCGUUGGAGCUCAGCGACAGGUAUUCUGUGCUGUCCGAGCUAUGCGACACGCUCGAGACCUACAGUGGUGCCCAAGAGUAUGAACAAUUUCUCAAGAACCUGAUGCCGGUCUUCUUCCAGCUGUUGGACUCUGUUCCAAUUAGCAUGAUUUCCAACUCUCCGGAACAGAAAGUGCGUCAUUUGGUUCUGGACGUGAUCCAUCGACUUCCUAUUAACGAUACUUUCCAGUCUUACACGGUGCAAGUGUUGGAUAAGUUGAUGAACCUUAUUAGAGAAGAAAACGAGGAAAACGGUAUUCAAUGUAUGAAGAUCAUCGCUUCUUUGCACAAGAGCUACAAAUCGAGUCUUGCCGACCGUGUGCAGGCAUUCAUUGACAUUCUACAGGAGAUUUACAACAACAUCCCGCAAGUGGUGGAGGAACAGUUUGGCGACCAGUCGGACUCUUCACCUCCUGAAAAAGCAGGCUCGCCAGGAUCGAUGGAACUGGACGAAAACACUAGCAAGACGCUGUUCAAGGCCACCCACUCGUUCAAAAUGAUCGCCGAGUGUCCAAUCACCAUGGUUUCGCUGUACUCCUCGUACAAGGAGAUCAUUGACUCGUCGGUCGCCAGCUUUAUUCCCCAAGUCAUCACUCUGCUGAGAUUGCAGGCCAAAAAGCAGCAAGAGGCCCACGAGGCUGCCAAGGAGCGCGGCGAGUAUGUCACCGGCGUCUCCAGAGAAAUCCACAACCGUUCCCUUUACGGCGACUUUAUUCUCGGCCAAGUUAAAGCUGCAUCUUUCCUGGCCUACGUGUUGAUUCGUCGUGGAGCAAACGCAGCAUUGGAACCAUAUCUCGGUGAGAUCCCAGAUUUGAUUAUCAGACUGUUGCAGGAUUGUCCUCCCGAGCUGGCUACCGCUAGACGGGAACUGCUUCACGCUACAAGACACAUUCUCUCUACGGACUUGCGUGUAUCCUUCCUUCCAAAAAUGGAUCUUCUUUUCGACGACCGGGUGAUAAUCGGCGAAGGACUGACCGCACACGAGACUCUGCGGCCGCUGGCAUACUCGAUCGUGGCAGAUUUCAUCCAUGUCAACGGCAACCUGUCGACGGAUCGCAUUUGGAAAAGUGUCGAGUUGUACUGCGACCAUCUGCAAGACACCACUCUGGCACAAACCGUCCAUAUCAUGAGUGCCAAGUUGCUUCUAAACCUGGUCGAUAGAGUCCUCAAGUUGGAAGAUAAAGAGGAGGCCAGACAGCUGUUUUUAAUCAUGAUCAACGCGUUUGUCAAGAGGUUUGCUCUGCUCAACCGACAAUACACCGACAUCAUGCAGCAGCACGACAAGUUCACGAAAAAGAAGGACCAGAAACGUAUCGAGGGUCAGAAAUGGCGGUCUAAGGCUGAGGAGCUGACCGGAAAGUCACCUUUUGGAACAGAGGAGGAAAAACCAGAAAAGAAAGACACAAAACCAAUGGAAGUUGACGAAGAGCCAGAGUAUACAUUCUACGAGAUUCAGAGAGACGUUCCCAUCAAUGUUACGCAACCACCACCGCAAGAUCCUUUGGAGAGCGCUCGCUACUUGCUGAAAACACUCAUGACGUUCUUGAAGUCCAUUUUCUACGGGUUCAGAAACUGCAACCCUGCCCCGCAAAAGGACUACACGCCUCAGACAUGGAAUGAGUUUGCCAGAAUCACCAGUAACGAAGAAAUUAACAUUCUUAAGAAUCUGUUCCGGGAAUGUAUUCUUGGACUGAGAUUUUUCCAGAGCUCGAAGCCAAUGCUCAACAGUGCUCAGUUAAAGGAGACUUUCGACGUGAGUGGUCCAAACCUGCCGAUCACUUCCUCCAAAGAAGAGAAAGACCUCAUGGAAAUUUUUGCAACCAUGUUCAUCUACCUAGAACCUUCCGCAUUCAACGAGGUGACCCAAUCGCAGCUGGAGAUGAUGUUUGAGUCGAUGUUGAAAAACGCAGCUCUGUUGCACAUUCCGCAGUUUUUCCUUGCCAGCGAAACAACCACGUCGAAUUUCUCCGGAAUUCUGAUCAUAUUUGUGAUGUCGAAAUUGAACGAGCUCGGCGACAUGGACAUCAUCAAGUCGAAUAUCCUCAUCCGACUGUUCAAGUUGUGUUUUAUGUCUGUGAACUUGUUCCAGGCCGCUAACGAGGCUGUGAUUCUGCCACACCUGAACAAGUUGAUUCUCAAGUCGCUCGAGUACACAACGUCUGCCAAAGAGCCGAUAGUCUACUUCUAUCUGAUCAGAACACUGUUCCGCAGCAUUGGUGGUGGCAGAUUCGAAGCGCUAUACAAAGAGAUCCUACCGUUACUCCAGGUGUUGUUGGAGUCGCUCAAUAGACUCAUUCAGACCGCACGCAGACCGCAAGAACGCGACAUUUACGUGGAGCUCUGUUUGACAGUUCCGGUCAGACUGAGUGUUCUUGUUCCUCAUCUGAGCUACCUGAUGAAACCGUUGGUGUAUGCUUUGAAUGGCUCGCAAGAAUUGAUCAGCCAAGGUCUGAGAACGCUGGAACUCUGCGUUGACAAUCUCACUGCUGAGUAUUUCGAUCCGAUUUUGGAGCCAGUCAUCGAGGACGUCAUGAAGGCUCUGUGGAAACACCUGAGACCGUUGCCAUACUACCAUCAACAUUCGCACACAACGUUCCGUCUUCUUGGAAAGCUUGGAGGCCGCAAUCACAACUUCAUUAGCUUGCACCACGAUUUGCAAGGAAGCACUCCAACCAACCAGGAAAUCGAGGCCCUGUUCAAGAUCGAGGGACUUCCUAAAGAGACACCGGUUUCCAUCACGCCCGGAAUAUCCACUGCUCUCAACACGAUCGUGAAUAUUAGAUACAAGCUCCAUUACCGUGUGAGUGCUUUCAAGUAUUUGACUUCGGUUUUGAAACUUUUCAUCGAUAGACAGGAGAUCCCAGAUAACCUUGACGAGAAGAUCCAACAGGUCAUCAACUACGUCACAGACGAGGAGAAGUCCAAGGAGGUUGACGAGGAGGUGAAACUGGGUCCAGGUAACUUGAAAGACCAGGCCAGAUUCGAUAGACAAGAACAGUUGCUUAUCCGUCUGUUGGAAGCACUGUUCUAUUCGGUUUCCAUCGAGGAGGUCAGAGAAGAGGCAGAGGUUCUCAUCAAGGGCAUUUGCGAACAUUAUGUGUUACUGUUCUUUGGAAGAACGAUGGUGGACGCUCACAAGUUUAACUGUAAGUUCAGCGUUAACAAUCACGAGGGUAAGAAGUUCUUGAACGAGAACACCAUCUUUGACGCCAUUUCGUAUGCAUUGAGCUUCCAUAUCAAGUCUGUGCACGAGAUGGGUAUACAAGCCGUCAAGACGAUCUUCAACUCAUGUGUCACUCUGUUUGGAUCCAUCGACGGAGCCAUCAAGUUCCUGCCAAUAAGAAGAAUGUGUUCCAAGUUCGUGCACUGUUGUUUCGAGGAGGCCUACUACACCAAGCUGGGUGGCUGUCUUGGAUUGAAGACUAUGAUUAAUGAUUUGAACAUUCCAAUAAGCUACUUUGCCUUGAGACAGUUGGAGAUCUGUCGCGCUAUGUUUUUCGUUUUGAGAGACACUCCGCCAGACGUUCCUUCAGAGGUCUGUCGCGUUGCUAAGGAACUCGCAUUGAAGCUUCUCAGAGAGUGCAACAGAGAAGUUUCAAAAGAUGCUGUUUUCCAACAACCAUUCCAGUCGGUUGUUUCGCAGAUCGUCUUUGACUUGAGCAACUCCAAUCCGAAGGUCCGCGAGACCGCACAGGAAGCUCUGUCGACGCUUUCUGAGGUGACUCAGGUGCCUAUUGCCACGAUGAUAUCGCCCAGCAAGGGAAUUCUGCUUGCUCCUAUCUUUGGCAAGCCAUUGCGUGCUCUGCCAUUCCACAUGCAAAUCGGAAACAUCGACGCAAUCACGUUCUGUUUGGGACUCGAAGACACUUUCUUGGAAUUUAACGACGAACUGAACAGAUUGCUAUCCGAGGCAUUAGCAUUGGUGGAUGCCGACGACGAGUCGCUGAUCAGUGCUCACAGAAUCUCCGAACACCGGACCUCUGAACAGCUCAUCAAACUUCGUGUGGUUUGUAUCGAGCUGCUGUCGUUGGCAUUGACCAAACCGGCCUUCUCCAACGGGAACCCACAGAUCAGAAUUCGGAUCCUUGGCGUGUUCUUUAAGACGCUGUGCGCUAAGUCGUCUCAGAUCAUCAACGCUGCACACGCUGGACUCAAACAGGUCCUGUCCCAGAACUCCAAGCUUCCAAAAGAGCUGCUCCAAAGCGGUCUUCGUCCGAUGUUGAUGAACUUGUCCGACCACAAGAAACUCACCGUUUCUGGACUGGAGGCACUCUCCAGACUGCUGGAACUCUUGAUCUCGUACUUCAAGGUUGAAAUUGGCCGCAAACUGCUCGACCAUCUAAUGGCAUGGGCCCAACCACAGGCAUUGCAACGUAUUGCUCUUCAAGAACUCGACAAUAACUCCACAGUGCAGAUCAUCGUUGCUAUUCUCAACAUCUUCCAUCUGCUUCCUCCUCAGGCCUACACGUUCAUGGAGGAGCUGCUAAACACGCUCUUCUAUUUGGAAACCAAUUUGCGUCGUUACCAAAGCUCUCCAUUCAGAUUGCCAAUUGCCAAGUUCCUGAACAGAUUCGGCGACCACUCGGUGACGUACUUCAGCCAGAAGUUUGACUCCAGAAUCCACGGUUGCUGGCUGGCGUAUUUCUCCGGUUUGAAAGACGCCCCUGAGCUAAGAAACCAGGUCAAGUCGAAAUUGGACGUUUUCGUCAAGAGUGUUGUUGAAGAACAACAGCCAAACGUCAGAUACAUAAAGUUUGCCAACCUUGUUGACUUGGUGGAAGCUAUUGGUAACCAGGACCGUGAAUGGUUCAAGGAACAGAAGGAUCUGUUCAGACAACUGUUUGACGCUUCCAUUCCUUCGGCCGAAUACCAGCGCACUUGCGAUUUGAAGUCGGACUCUCACUUUAUCAUGGAACAGACUUUGGACAAGUUGCAAACCGUUUACGUUGAUUUCUUGCGAACAAACGAACUGGGUGCCAAGGAGACUCUUGAGCUGAUUUCAUUUGUCAGUCUCAACAAGAUCACCAUUUCUUAUUCUCUCGAGAAGUACACUUUCGAGACGGUCGUCAAGUCGACGGACCUUGAAUUGCGUCAAACGUAUAUCAAAGAGAUUCUCGAGACGCUGAACACAGACGUGUGUCUUAUUGCCAAACUCUACUUGUUGCGCAAUAUCUUGCUGCCAACGUUGAUCUACGAGCUUCAUUUCAGUGGAACAUUGACCAACAUCGUCAACAACUCCUGGCUGAGUCUGGUGGACGAAAAUAUCUGGAAAUCGUCGCUUUCUGGAGAAGAAACUGGUCCGUACGACAACUACAGACUCGAGCUUUUGCAACUGACUGCUUUGCUUGAAAGAAGCGUUCCGGAAGCUGUUCUGGAGUACAAGAAGGACGUGAUCAAGUUCAACUGGAACCUAAUCUCGUUGGACGACGCCAUAACCAAACAGGCAGCGUACGUUUCGACGGCUUUCUUCAUUGUUGCUUUCGACACGCCGGCCAAGCUGGUGACCCAGAUUUUCGUUGCUCUGCUCCGUGCGAACCAGAUCGACGUGCGGUACCUUGUCAGACAAGCCCUGGACAUUCUGGCUCCUGUUUUGGAGACCAGAAUCGGUCCUACUAUCGAAUGGUUGAAAUGGCCAAGAAGAGUUCUAUCAGAAGACGGAUUUAAUGUCACUCAGGUUUUGAACGUUUACCAGUUCAUUGUCCACCAUUCCGACCUGUUUUAUGUUGCCAGAGACCAGUUUAUUCCAAACAUCAUCACUGCGGUUGGAAAACUGACAAUCCUCAACAACAGCUCGACUGAGAACCAGUUGUUGGCCAUUGACAUGGGCGAGCUGAUUCUCAACUGGGAAACCAGAGCUAAGGCAGAGUCUAAGGAUGAAACCAAAGAGGGAGAUGACAAGAUGGAUGUGGACGAAGACGUCAAGAAACCAGAAAGCUACUCUGUUCCAUUCGGUCAACGUGAAACGUGUAUCACCUUUUUGAUCAGAUACGUUUGUAUCAGUCAGCACAGAGCUUCUGAGAACGAGCUAGGUCAAAGAGCUCUGAACAUCUUGCACGUGCUGCUGUCUCCAAACUAUUGGCCAGAAGUGACGGUCAAGCUUGCGUUCUUUGAACGGUUCCUUGUUGCCGCCGAUUUCAGUACAAGCAACGUGUUGGGAUACUGUUUGAACGCUCUUGAAGUUUUGGGCGUUGCAUUGGAGUGGAAAUCGCCUGAAUGGAUCGUUUCCAACCUGGAGUACCUCCAGAAACUGCUGGAGAAGUGUAUUCGUUCCGACAACCACGAUAUCCAGGAAGCGUUGCAAAAAGUGCUGGGCUUGAUUUUGGGAGCUAUCCAGACCCAAGUUCCGUCUGCGGAGGACGAACAGCCUGAGGAAGUGAAGAAUUUCCUUGCUUUCUACACGAACGUGAUUUCCGAGGACCUCAACAGCAUGAACUCGGUCGCUGCUGGUGUUACUCUGUCGUGGACGCUUUCCCAAUACAGGCCCGAUGCCCAGAAUGCUCUGAUUCCAUUGAUCAUGAGAACCUUGAGCAAGCUGGUGAAAGAUCACAUUGCUAUUGCCAGUCAGAACAGACAUUUCAACAACAACUCUACAGAGCCAAGCGCAGUCCAAACAGACUACGAGGCCAAAAUGACCACCAAGUUGUUGAAGAAGAUCUUGCAAUUUUCUGCUAUGCGCAUUUCCGCAUUGGGAGACCAAAGACGGAUCUUUUUGUCGCUGUUGGUCCAACUGAUCGAUCGGUCGGUUGAUAAAGACCUGUUGAUGCGUAUCGUCGAUAUUGCAAGGGGAUGGGUGUUUGCUAAGAACGAACUGUUCCCAACGACCAAGGAGAACGCUGGUAUUCUGUCCAAGAUGAUGAUCUUUGAAAUGAAGGGCGACUCUGAUCUUGCCAGAGCGUUCUACCAGAUCAUUAUUGACAUCUUCAAAGACUCUGCACUGGCGGGAACAGAGCUCACUGUCCGCAUGGAGCAUCCGUUCCUGGUGGGAACUAAGCUGUCCGAUACCGGUGUUCGUCAGGAACUGAUGAACAUCUUGGACGGCUCUUUGGAGCGUGAUCUCGAUAAGAGAUUGUUCUACAUCAUCAGAGAACAGAACUGGGAGUAUCUUGCGGAGUAUCCGUGGUUGAACCAGGCUUCUCAGCUUCUGUACGGCAGUUUCGACGCCGAACAUCCGUUGAGUUACGGUCCGAACGAGUACAAGCUUGCUGCGUUGAGCGACAUUGACGAAGCUCUUCCAAAGAAGAGCGACGUGGAGUCUGUUCCUGACUCGAUCAAGUCGUUUGUCAACUCGCACAGGGAGUUCCUCAACUCGUCGAUCCAGGUCCGCGCCAAGGACGUUCUUGUUCCUUUGAUGGACAUUUCGUACCAAAGUCCAGAAACAAUCCACAACUCCUGGUGCACGUUGUUCCCGAUUGCGUACAACUCGAUUGAUCACCGCAACAAGUCCGAUUUCUUGCACGCCUUUGUCACGCUGCUGUCGAAAGACUACCACGUCAGACAGCAGGACGGCAAGCCGAACGUGAUCCAUACCAUGCUCGAGGCUGCCGAGAAGUGUCCAGACUUGCAACUUCCUCCUCACCUGGUGAAAUACCUGGGAUUGAACUACGACGCAUGGUACUCUGGUGUCAAGAUCAUGGAACAGAUCGAAUCGAACCCGGUCACCGAGAACCAGAAGAUUAAGGAGACCAACAGAGACGCCCUUGUGGAGAUGUACUCGAACUUGCAAGAAGACGACAUGUUCUACGGACUUUGGAGACGUCGUGCCAAGUAUUUUGAGACCAACUCUGCUCUAUCUUACGAACAGAUCGGUCUUUGGGACAAGGCUUUGCAAUUGUACGAGAACGCCCAGAUCAAGGCUCGGAGCGGUGUUUUGCCAUACAGCGAGAGCGAAUACGCUCUUUGGGAAGACAACUGGAUUCUGUGUGCUGAGAAAUUGCAACAUUGGGACAUUCUAACCGAGCUGGCCAAACACGAAGGAUUCACCGAUCUUCUUCUCGAGUGCGGUUGGCGUGUUGCCGACUGGAUCUCGGACAGAGAGCCGCUCGAACAGAGCGUCAAGACUGUGAUGGACGUUCCAACACCGCGCAGACAGAUGUUCCAGACGUUCCUGUGUUUGCAAGGAUAUGCUCACAGCAAGGAGACCAUCCAGAACGUUACGCGUUACUGCGACGAAGGAAUCCAGCUUGCCUUGCGUAAAUGGCACUCUCUUCCAACCAGAAUCACCGGCGCACAUCUUUCAUUGUUACACAUUUUCCAGCAGUACGUUGAGUUUAUGGAAGCCAGCCAGGUUUACAGAAGUCUGGCAACUACCACCGCCCAGAACCUGGACGUCAAGAGCCAGGAACUCAAGAGAGUCUUGCAGGCAUGGAGAGAACGGUUGCCAAACGUCUGGGACGAUAUCAAUAUCUGGAACGAUCUGGUUACCUGGAGACAGCAUGCGUUCAACGUGAUCAACAAGGUGUACAUGCCGCUGAUUCCUGCUUUGCAACAGAACAACUCCAACAACAACUCGUACGCUUUCAGAGGCUACCACGAGAUUGCGUGGGUGAUCAACAGAUUUGCUCACGUUGCUAGAAAACACAAUAUGCCAGAGGUCUGUAUCAACCAGUUGACCAAGAUCUACACUCUUCCAAACAUUGAGAUCCAGGAGGCCUUCUUGAAGCUCCGGGAACAGGCCAAGUGCCAUUACCAGAACCCAGCCGAGUUGAGCACGGGACUGGACGUUAUCAGCAACACCAACCUGGUAUACUUUGCUGCACAGCAGAAGGCCGAGUUCAUCACGUUGAAGGGAAUGUUCCUUGCGAAACUGAACUCAGCCGACGAGGCAAACCAGGCGUUUGCUACCGCGGUGCAGUUGGACCUGAACCUGCCGAAGGCCUGGGCCGAGUGGGGAUUCUUCAACGAUGCCCGGUUCAAGGAGAACAACGACAUCUCGUACGCCAAGCACGCCAUCAGCUGCUACCUGCAGGCCGCCGGCUUGUACAAGAACAGCAAGGCUCGCCGACUGUUGUGCCGUAUCCUGUGGCUCAUCAGUCUGGACGACGCCAACGGCACGCUCGCAGAGACGUUCGAGUCGCACCAGGGAGACAUGCCUGUCUGGCACUGGAUCACGUUCAUUCCGCAGCUGCUCACGUCGCUGUCGCACCGCGAGGCCAGACUCGCUCGUCAUGUGCUGAUCCGGAUCGCCAAGUCGUAUCCGCAGGCUCUGCACUUCCAGCUGAGAACCACAAAGGAGGACUUUGCCGUGUUGCAACGGCAGAUGAACCAGAGAUCCGAGUCAAACGGAGCAGACGCCCCAACGAGCCCAGAAGCACUGGCUGCCCAGCCAACGGGCUCGACGCCUAUUCCUGGAAACUCCUCGUCGCCUGCCCCUUCAGCGGCCUCGGGAGCCAACCCGCAGCCAUGGCAGCACGUUGAGGAGAUCAUGGGCAUUUUGAAGACCGCCUAUCCUCUGCUUGCUCUAUCCUUGGAGUCUCUGGUUGACCAGAUCAGCCAACGGUUCAAGAGCAGCCAUGACGACGAUGCUUACAGACUGGUUGUUGCUCUGUACAACGACGGUGUGCAGUACUUUAACAGACUGUCGAAUCCAAAGGAGGAUGCUCGUCUUCCGCCUGCCACGGAGGCCAACAUCAUCCGGUUCGCAGACACCGUGCUACCGAAACACAUCCGCGAGGAGUUCGACCAGGACAUCAUCAAGAGCAAGCCAAACCUUGAGACGUAUAUCAGCAAGCUGCGCAAAUGGAAGGACUUCUUGGAGGAGAAGCUGGAUAGAAAUUUCGGCAAGAUGAACCUGGAACGGGUUUGUCCUCACCUGAGCCAGUUCCACCACCAGAAGUUCGAGGAGAUCGAGAUUCCGGGCCAGUACCUGCUCAACAAGGAGUCCAACAACCACUUUGUCAAGAUCGAGCGGUUCCUGCCUACAUUGGAGUUUAUCAGGGGUCCUACCGCGUGCUACAAGCGGAUCACCAUCCGUGGCCACGACGGCAGCCUGCAUCCGUUUGCGGUGCAAUUCCCAGCCGCCAGACACUGUCGUCGCGAGGAGCGGAUCUUCCAACUGUUCCGCAUCUUCAACGACGCUCUGUCCAAGAAUGUGCAGGCUAGAAGACGCAACAUCGAGCUGACGUUGCCGGUUGCCAUUCCGUUGAGUCCACACAUCCGGAUCAUGAGCGACAGCGAGGACUACGUCAACAUGCUGAGUAUCUACGAAGACUACUGCCGCAAGAAUAACCAGAACAAGGACCAGCCGUUUGCAUACACGAUCGAGAAGCUGCACGCAGCGUACGACCCACGGCUGCCGAAACCAGACCUGCUGAGCGUCAAGACGGAGAUCCUGGCGGCGAUUCAGUCGAUGCUGGUGCCUAGCACCGUGAUGAAGGACUACUUCAUGGCGCACUACACACGGUUCGAGGAGUUCUGGCUGUUCCGCAAACAGUUCACGUCGCAGUAUGCUGCGUUUAUAUUCAUGACGUACAUGCUGUGCAUCAACUCGAGACAGCCGCAGAAGAUCCACGUCAACCAGAGCUCCGGCCGCGUGUGGACGUCCGAGAUGCUGCCGUACAAGGUUGCGAGCGGCAAGACGCACUCGAACGCGUUUGCCAACAGCACGCUGGACGUUUCUGCGCAGCGCGCAGCUCCGCUGUUCUGCUCGCUCGAGAUGGUGCCGUUCCGGCUCACGCCCAACGUGCAGAAGCUGAUUGGCGAGGCCGGCAUGGAGGGUAUACUGUCUGCGCACAUUAUGGUGAUUGCGCAGUGUCUGAGCGACCCGGAGUACGAGAUGGAGCACUUUUUGAGUCUGUUUGUGCGGGACGAGGUUGUUGCGUGGUUCACGCAGCAGCACCGUCCGUCUGCGGGCGACCCGCACCUGCGCGAGAUUGUGCGUGUCAACGUCAACUUCGUGUCCAAACGGGUGGCCCAGCUGAGCCACACCGAGGGCCAGGGCAUUGCUUCGCAGUUUAUCUUGAACUUGAUUGCGCACGCCGUGAACCCGCGCAACCUCGCCAGCACAGACACGCUGUGGAUGGCGUACAUGUGA